AAGCUGUUCAUGGAACCGCCAUCAUUUCCGUGUUUUAUGAGUUAGAUAACUUCUUUGCUUAGACAGAAACAAAAUGGCUUCUCGGGUCCGCAUCAGGAUUAAUAAAAAUACGAUUAAAGUGUUAUCCGUGGCAUCAUCAAGUGAAGAAUUUGAAAGGCUAACCAUUAGAGAUUUGAAGAGAAAAGCAUUAAGUCUGUUUCCUGGAGUAAAUGAUCCAAACAGACUGAGGGUGAUAUUUGGUCAAAAUGAACUUGAAGAUGAUCAAACAUUUCAAUCUUACAACAUUGAACACCUCUCUCUUCUGGUCAUCGUGCUCAGGCUGCCUGAGGGACGAGGUACACCUGACCCUGGAGGAACUAAAGCCCCGAGGAGAGUCAAUGAAGCUGUAGGUCUUACAGGUAACUUUUUUAAAUAUUUUGGGGCUUCGAAUGCAGUUGAGAAUUCAGAUUGGUUGAAGGUUGGCAGGUCAUUCCAUGAGAGAAGAUCAGAGAUUCAAGAUUACAACUCUCUUUCUGCAGCAGCUGAAUCCCUUUCAAUCGCUGACCAUGAUUGGAGGGGAAGGCCGAGCACUCCUAGUAAUGUUAAUAUGAGGGACAGAAGAGAAGAAUCAGCGUAUCAGAUUCCAGAAGGAGCUUCAGCUGUUCCAUCAGAUCCAGACCUACACUUUGUGCUAAAUUUGCUUCCAUCCCUAAAGAGAAUGGAUCUUAGACACAGAGAGCACACUAAACUUCGAAUUCAACAGCUUAUGUUUGAAGCAGAGUUUGAGGACUCAAGCUUGCCAAAAGAGGGAAUUCGCCGGACUAAUUCCAGUGAAAACUUUCGUCCUGACUUUUAGCUUCAUUAGACUGAGUUGGUAUUCAGUUAAAAGAGCUGACUACUUUGUCAUAUGAUGGGAAGCACCAGGACUUUUCCCAGUAUGCUUGAUGACUUGUGUGUCAGCUGUCAAAAAGAAAAGACGUCCCAUCAUGAGGCCCAUUUAAGCCUCAGAUCCUGCUGUGUAUUACUGACUUCACUACCAGCCAUCUGUCCAGGACUGCCAUUUGCAAAAACAUUGUUAGCCUACUAUGGUUGCAUGGCAGCUCCCUGCCUGUGGGUUAGAAGUUUCUUGUUAGUAUGACAUGUGGAUGUAGAUCAUGCAUUUGAGCAAAAUUAGGCAAGCUGAUCUAUAGAACAAUCUAUAGCCUUCAUGGUAAAAGCAUCCACUAAUUUACUAUCUAUUGAUUUUAUUUAUAUUUAAGUUUGAGGAAGACUGGGAAAAACUAGGGUCAGGAGUGUUUAGGACAAACUAGUGUAUUCUGGACAAUUCCAGAUUUUCUGCUUUUGUUAUAUUGAAACAUGUAUUUCAUUAAAGAAAUUAUUUUUCAUGUCACUUUUUGUCAUAAGCAGAGUCUGUUAAAAUAGUGGCAAACUUCCAAUGGACCAUAUCAUUCUGUAUAUAUAAUGUAUAUAUGCUCUGUUGUUUUACCUGAGAUGUUAUUCUGCUUUGUGUUUCUUGCUGAUCAUCUAUAAUGUUUUAUAAAGCCAAUUUCUUGGUGUACUUUACAGACAAA